GGAGCUGGCCCGCUUUUCCGGCAACAAAGAGCCUCCACCACCAGCCGCCCCGGGAUAAAUACCAGCCGAGGCAGCCAAGCUCAGGAAGAAGAAGAAGAAGGAGACGGAGAGACUUCGAGUCCCAUCCAGCCUUGGCAUCUUUGCGCACCGAGAGUGGGCACUCGCCUUCCCCGCGCGCCCUUGGGCUUUGGAGAGACCUGCGAGAAGAGCAAAAGACAACUAGACUUGCUUGCUAGUCAAUCGGAGGGUUCCCUUCCUUCCUUCCUUCUUUUUUUCCUUCUUUCCUUCCUUCCUUCCUUCCUCCCCGUGUUUUGGCGACGAUGCCAUUUCUCGGGCAGGAUUGGCGCUCCCCGGGGCAGAACUGGGUGAAGACCGCGGAUGGGUGGACCCGGUGCCUGGGCGAGAAGGACAACGCCAACUACAGUUACUGCAGAAAAGAAGACUACAAUAAGGAGAACCUUUUCAACAGCCUCAACUGUGACAUUGCUGCAAAGAAGAGAAAGAAGGACCAGCUGAACAACAAAACAAAGAUUCAGUACUUUCAUCAAGAAAAAUGGAUUUAUGUGCACAAGGGUAGCACAAAAGAACGCCAUGGCUACUGCACUUUGGGAGAAGCUUUUAAUAGACUGGAUUUCUCAAAUGCCAUUCUGGACUCCAGGCGGUUCAAUUAUGUCGUACGGCUGUUGGAGCUGAUAGCAAAGUCCCAGCUAACAUCCCUGAGUGGAAUCGCCCAGAAAAACUAUAUGAAUAUAUUGGAAAAAGUAGUACAAAAAGUUCUGGAGGAUCAACAGAACAUCAGGCUAAUAAGAGAGCUGCUGCAGACUCUUUAUAUGUCACUUUGCACCUUGGUCCAAAGUGUUGGCAAGUCUGUUCUGGUGGGGAAUAUCAACAUGUGGGUCCACAGAAUGGAGACAAUUCUGCACUGGCAGCAGCAGUUGAACAAUAUCCAAAUCACCCGGCCUGCCUUGAAAGGCUUGACUUUUACAGACCUGCCUUUAUGUUUACAAUUAAAUAUCAUGCAACGACUGACCGAUGGGCGAGAUCUCGUGAGCCUUGGACAAGUAGCUCCCAGCCUUCAAGUGCUCAGCGAAGACAGGCUACUAUGGAAAAGACUUUGUCAUUAUCACUUCACAGACAGACAGAUACGCAAGCGGCUGAUUUUGUCAGAUAAAGGGCAUUUGGAUUGGAAGAAGAUGUACUUCAAGCUUGUGAGAUGCUAUCCAAGGAAGGAACAGUAUGGAGACACCUUACAGCUCUGCAGACAUUGCCAUAUUCUCUCUUGGAAGGGCACCGACCAUCCAUGUACAGCUAACAAUCCAGACAGCUGCUCGACUUCUCUUUCACCCCAGGACUUCAUCAACUUGUUUAGAUUUUGAACUCCUGAACGAUUUCAACUCUACAGCUCACUAUUCUGAUGAGACAUUUUAUACUGCCGAGCGAAACCUGUUCAACCUGUAUAUAGUUUGUAAAUAUUGCUGCUUGACGUUCCUGAGUCAAGAGGACAAGAGGAUUUUAGGAGGCGAAGGGAGUCAUCAUUCAGUAGCAAUGAACUGUUUAAGAUCAUGGCUUUCUAAUUGGACUGUUCAAUGCAAAAGGAAGUCCUUUGUAAAUACAAUGUUUUGUGAAAACUGAAGCACACAUGUCAGGAGGGAUAAUCCCAGAACUGCUUAAGAGCUUCAAAUGAAAUUUGUUUUGCGUCCAUUUGAAAUAUCUCUUUGGCUUCAAAGCAUGGGGAAUUAAACACCAUGAUUAGGAAAAAAUUGUCAAACUAUUCCCUGCUCUAGGUUUUGUUUACAAGGGGUAUUUUAUACCUAAGAGGGUUUUUUAAAGAAAUACGUAAGAGAGAUGCUUUUAUCCCCCCUUUUUAAAAUAUGUACAUACCACACCGUUUUCUACCUCUGAAGUGCUUUCCAACCAACCCAAGAUGCAAUGUGAAGUAUUUGUAGAGAUUCGAAAGGAAAAUGUCGAUGGUGAUGGUUAGCAUGUUCCUUUCUGCUAUUACUUAAGAUGUGUUUUAAUCUGCUUUCUUUGGGGCAAUAUUUGAACAGUUAAGUUCUAGUAAAGACAGAAGGACAACCCAAUGGUUGGGUUUUUUGAUGGCUGGUAAGAACAUUAAAUGUUUAGGAAAAUUGGUGAUGGAAAUUUAGCGUGCUAGACCACAGCACACCAUCCAUAUUCACCUUCUAGUGACAGCCCAAAGUAUUUUGAUGUGGCUACAGUUUUGCACAACCAUUUUCAAUAACAGAUUGACUGUAUAUACUGCUGUGAGAGUUGCUAGUGCUUUGAUUUGCAAAGAGAAGCAAUGAUGAAUGCUUGAAGGCAAGUCCUAUUUUUUUUUAAUAAAAAAACAGCUCUCACAAAUGCAGACAGGUUGAGCAUCCCUUGCCUAGAAAGCUGAAAUACUCCAAAAUCUGAAAUGGUAUCCAUCCAUAGACAGCCGUGAUAGUUGAUGCUUUUGCUUUCUCAUGGAUCAAUGUACACAAACUUUGUUUCAUUCAUAAAAUCAUUUAAAAAUAUUUUCUAUUGUUACCUUCAGGCUAUAAAGCAUAUAAAUUUCCUAUCUCCAAGAUCUAUGUACAUAUAUGCAAAUACACAUAUUCCAAAAUGUAAAAAAAUCCAAAACACUUUUGGUCCCAAGCAUUUCAGUCAAGGCAUACUCAACCUAUGUUAGAUUCUCAACUGUCCAGCCCAGUGGUUCUUAACUUGUGGGUCCCCAGGUGUUUUGGUCUACAACUCCCAGAAAUCCCAGUUAGUUUAGCAGCUGCUAGGAUUUCUGGGAGUUGAAGGCCAAAAUAUCUGGGGACCCACAGGUUGAGAACCACUGGACUAGACCUUGAAUAGGUUGAUGCUCCUCUGGAGGACACUUAUUUGUUAGCAUCAGUGACUUGUUCCCUGAGUAAUUUUGCAAUUAUGGUAUUCCAUGUAUGCAAAAGACAUCAGUGUGUUGUAGCCAAUCUUCUGAAAAGUAGUGGGAAAACUCCCAACUAAUCAUGAAACUUAUUCAUUUCAAUGGAUGGGAAUAUGGGUUAUUGAAUGUCAAUGGAGUGAAUAAGGCAAAAUCAAGACGGGAACAAGGAAGCGCAUCCAUUGAUAUUUGUGGAGAAUCAGUAAAGUAAAACUUUCUUAUGUUGUUAUCAACCCGAAAGAGGUUUUGUUUGAUUUUGUAGGAAGACUUUUCUCCCUGUGAUUGUUUAUAUGUUUUCAUGAGGAAUGAAUGAGGAAUUCGCUUCAAAGCUCUUUGCCAAUACAAAUAUUACAUGAUGUGAUUUCUGUGGAAUUAAUUCAAAUUUGUGUUUGAUUCUUGAGAUUCCUAGGCCCCCGCCAUCCUUUGGAUUUGCCAGGUUGCCCAAGUAAAAUGCCAGCGAAGUUAACUGUAUCAUAUCAAACUGUUGCUUCCCCAUUUAUUUCUAAAUAUAUGAAAAGUAUAAAAAUUGAUUAUUCUAAAAUCUGAAUAUUGUGCACAAGAAAGAGAUUCCUAUUUGGACUGGAUAAUAUGAUUAGUAUUCAAAGCUUUCUAAUGGUUUGAAAGGCCACAUUUGGAAAGUUUCCCUGGUCAGCCAUUUGCUAAAAAUACAUGUAUUUAGAACAUUGAUAAUAUUAAUGAAAUGAAUUAAUUUUCCUUAAUUGGUUUAAGAUUUUCAUGUUGUUUCAAUAUAUUUCAGUCAAAGUUGUUCUACAUCCUUUUGGGAAUGUGUGAUAUUUUUACCAUGUUCAAUUCUUGCAUGAGUAAAUCAAAACUGGUUGAUGGUAGCUAUUUGCUAUGAACUGAAAAACCCGAACCUGAAAAAGUUACUUCUUGGACUAAAUCUCCUGCCUGGCUGUGAGAUUUUAGAAUAGUAGAGUUGGAAGAGACCACACAUUUUGACAGCUGUAGUCCAAUAUAACUUUUUCCAAAUUUUGAGAAAUGCAAUAAGAGUCCUGGCCAUCUUACUACUUUCCAAAAAUCACUUGUGGAAGUAGUUUAAUAAUAAUAAUAAUUACAAGGGAAAAGCUAAAACCUGUCAAAUACAAAGAAUAUUUACUUUCAGAUCUUGGCUAUGCAUUGGUUCUGCAAUAUGUAGCCUGGAGGAUUUUAAUUGGCAAUUAUAACCUUUAUUUAGAUGAGCCGAUAUGUGGUUUUUCUUUUGUUAUUCUUCAGGCAUGUCUAGUUAAAUUGGCCGAUCCUCAAAACUUCACAUAUCCUUGGGCCUCUCAUCCUGUCUGUACCAUAGACAGAGCACAAUUAGGGCUCAGAUAGGCUGCAUCAUCUGAAUAAUCCAAAGAGUAAGUUAGCUCCUUCUUGUAUUAUAUCCUUGCUUUAGAGCUCCUUAACCAAUAUGUCUAGCUAGACAGGAGAAAUUUGCUGUAUGAGUAUGCCCUCCAAAACAAGACUGAAGGCUGUUUAAGAUGUUGUUAUGGUAGGCGAGGAAGUUGAGAAGGUGCAGAGAUUGUUGACCUAAUGGAGUAUGGAAGUAGAUGCUGUUAAACAGAUGUUGAUGUGGUUGAUGUCUUAACAGGAAAAUUAAAUUCAGUUGGUUCAUGCUUGGGGUUUUUUUUCUUGUCAGGAAUGACUUGAGAAACUGCAAGUUGCUUCUGGUGUGAGAGAAUUGGUUGUCUACAAGGACAUUGCCCAGGGGAUGUCUGGAUGUUUUGCCAUCCUGUGGGAGGUUUCUCUCAUGUCCCCACAUGAGAAGCUGGGGCUACAAGAUGAGAGCUCACCUCACUCCCUGGAUUCAUAUCGCCAACCUUUCAGUCAGCAGCCCUGCUGGCACAAGGAUUUAACCCAUUGUGUCACCGGGGGGUCAUGCUUGUGAUGCACAUAUCAACUUAGGGUGCAUCUACACUGUAGAAUUAAUGCAGUUUGACACUACUUCAGCUACCAUGGCUCAAUGCUGUGGAAUCAUAGGAGUUGUAGUUUUGUGAGGCACCUGCCUUCUUUGGCAGGGAAGGGCAGAGACAUUGUAAAAACAGCAUCAAACUGCAUGACUUCUUCUGUGUUGAUGCACCCUAGGAAAUGGGAGUCAACUGUGCCCAUACAAUUGUGUGCUCUAAUUCUGUAAGCUGGUGCAAAAAUGAACUUGUGGCUUCAUACAUUUUCUUGAAAUUUUAAAUCUCAUCAGACCUAGAUAGCACAGUCAAUAAUAAAAAGGCUGAUGGGAGUUGUAGUCCAACUACAUCUGGAAGGCCACAAAUAGAUCACCUUUGUGUUAGGCAAAUAAUGCAUUCAGCAGCCAGGGAAUGGCUCUUUUGCAAGUGGUAUGAAAAGUGGUACAUAUAUGUAUUGUAUUAGAUUUCAAUGAGCCCCUUCUUUGCAAAAAUCUAGAAAGGUGCUUCUUUUUGCUGUUUCGAUAUUUGCUUCUUAACGACACAAGAGGAGUGAAAACAAUGAAAUUCCAUUGUUCAUAUAAGUGGAUCACGGUGGCUGGAGCAAAGUUUUUGCUUGGAUGUUUCUGGUUGCUAUUGCGAAUUAGUAGCCGGCCUGGGAAUGUUUUGAGUUGUAGGAAAACAUUGAUAGCACUUAGUGCAAGUGACAACAUUUCAUUGGUGCGUGUUCGUAUGGAGAACUGUGAUUGCCGCUGUUAUUGUUGGUUUCAGCUCUGUAAAAUGCCCCUUAUGUUGCCACACAGGAAUUUUGAAGGAUUGUUGUUUUUCUUUAGCAUUGUAAUGACUAUCUUUUUGCAAUGAGUUUGAAGAGACAGAAAGCAAGGGUGUUUGUAUAUAUAUACAUAGCUUCUGAAAGUGACAGGUAAAAUAUCUGAUCACAUCAGCACUCCUGAAAUGCUGGUUUUUCAGUCAUUCCCUAGAGAAACCUGAAAAAUGUAGUUUUGUGUGGGGCACAAUCUGAAGUUUUCUGAAAACAGCCAAUAGCCAAAAUGGCUGGGAACGAUGAGAGUUGUAGUCCAACGUGUGUGGAACGUGUCAGGUUGGUAAAGGCUGUCAUAAAACAAAGCUCUCGGUGCCCUUGCUGAACUACAUAUUUCAUUAUUAAUUUCUAAAGAAAUUUGUGUAUAGAAGCGCUGUAAAAAGGAAGCUUUUGUUUUAGGAAUUGUGCUUAGCCUGCUUGGUUUGGGAGCCUAGAGAAGGAGAUUGUACAUAGGGGGAAAUGCCAAUUCUCAAACAGACCACAUGUAUGAAUGAGAAAGAUUGUUCACAUGUGUGUCAUGCAGUUUUUAUUCACAUAUAUAUAUUCUGUAACAGCAGUCACACAAUCUCUUACUCUUCUGCCUCUUUGCACCCAAACCAAUCCCUGACUAAUGAACUGAUAACCCCUAGUUUAUGUGGUAUGACUUUUUUUACUUUUCUGAUUUUGUAAAACGUGUGGAUUUUAUACUAUAGGUAAUACGUAUUGUUGCAUAAGCAUUGUUGGAACACAAAUAAGGAGAAAUUUCUGUCUGCACCUUGUACAUAGGAUUAUGACAUUUUGUGUGGAUCUGAAUCCCCUUUAACUAAAAUGUGUUCCAUCUCAGACACAUUUUACUAUACUUUUGCACUCUUUGUGUGUACUUGUGUUGCUGUUUUCCUUCCCACUUGGCAAGAUGGUUCCAUAUAACGAAACAAUCCUAGUGGCAAAGAAUUUGCCAUGGAUUGACCUGAUUGUGAUGCACAAAAUAACGUUAGAUGUUCAGAUAAAUGUGCUUGAAACAGCAGCUGAGCGGCUGUUUCGGCACAACUUUAUCCAAUAUGCUUCUUCUUCCAAUAUACCCAGAAAAGCUAUCUUAUUGUCUAUCUGAAUCAAAUGUUUGGCUCUGAAGGACUUGGCUAAAGUAGACCUAAGACCUUCAAAGGAUAGUAAAAUAUCUAAGCCCAAGAGGAUGUUCCUGGCUUGGAUCUUUUGUAUAAAUCAGCUCAAUCACUACACAGGAGAGGAGAAUGGGGCUGGCAGGGAUUUCUCAACAACUUGUUGCACGGGUCAUUUUCACAGCUCUGCCUCUUGCCAAAACCCCGUCAGAUUUAACUAAAAACAGCUCUGCUUGCUUGCUGACAUGUUGGCAAAAACAACAGCUUGUCAUUAUAAAUAUAUAUGACUUUUUAAAAGUCACACUACUUUUGGGGAUCUUUUGUGAAAUUCGACAUCCUUGUACUCAGCCUGAUUAUGUGUUGACGAAUCUGGCAAGAGAAGGAGUGGGGUCCUAUUCUUUCCUUCUUACCAUAAGGCCCUUUUCAAUGAGAAGUACAGGUGAAGCACAUAUCAAAUUGAGGAGCCACUUUGUGUUUAAGAAACAAACCCAGCUUUUAACAGAUAGGUGAUUUCCAACAAAAGUAACAUUUAUUUACAGUGCUUAUAUUCGAUCCUUCUCACCCCGAAGGGGACACAGGGCAGAUCACAGAACACAUAUACGGCAAACAUUCAAUGCCGAUUAUACAAUGACGAGACAGACAACAGAUAGAAGUAUAUUUAGGCUUUUUCUCAUCAUUCAGCAUCUUUUGGAGGCUGUACUCGGUACCGGCCACAGGGGGGUGCUAUCGUGCCAUCUCCUUGCCAAAGGGCUUUCUUUGUUCGUAAACUUUUCUCUGAAACGCCGUGCCUAAAAUACCUCCCUGCUUAAUUUGGUUCCUAUUUAUCUUCUCACAUUGCUGUUUUCGAUCUGUUAGAUGAGCGGAGUAGCUGUGAGCUGGGAGAUCAGGAGCUCACCCUGACCCGACUUCGAACUGUCAACCUUUCGGUUGGCAAGAUUUACUGGUGAUUAACCUGCUGUGUUAUAGCUGGCCCUUCUGCAUCUUCCUUACUCUCUUAAUAUUUGAUAGCCUUCCUAUAACUUCAGUCCUCCGGGUGUUUUGGACUUCAACACCCACAAUUCCUAACAGCCGGUAUUGUGAGAGUUGAAGUCCAAAAUAACUGGAGGUCCAAAGUUUGCCUUUGCCUGUCUAGCUGCUUAGAAGUUCUCAACAUAUUACAAAUUAAUCUAGUAUAUUAUUCUGUUGUUGCCUCACAACCCUGUAUGCUUUUACCAUUGCUUAUUGUAUUCCAUGUACAGUAGACUCUCAGUUAAUUGGAGUUCAAACAACUUGAAAUCUCAAGCAACUGGCGGGAAAAAAAAUCAAAGGAAUAAUACUUUAUUGCAUAUUGCAUUGACAAACUUGUUUUUAUAAUAUAGUAAAAUUGCGCUGUGUUAAGUUUGACUUUAUUUGUCUUAAUUUGCUUUUAAUUACUGUACUUUGAUAUGAAUGUCAAGUCAAUACAGAGUUUAACUUUAUGAUUUGGUAUAAUAUAGUAUUAGUUAGGCCUAUUUUUAAAAGGAACUCUCAAGCAACCAGAGACUGUUUAUCUGGCAUCUACCAAACCCCAUAGGUGCCGGUUAACUGAGAGUACUGUAUUUGCUUGCAACCAUUAGGAGAGUAGGAAGCAGAGGCUGGAAUGACAGGUCUGUCAGGAAACCCUCCAUAGUUGGAAGUAGCCCAGAAAUAACAUUAAAGUGGCCUUUGCAUUAUGCUUUCCCCCCAGGAUCUUCAUCUCUUUUGUUUUGGGGAAGCUAGGACUAACAGCUGGGUUUCUUCCAGAACCUGUAACUCCAGAACUGUUCUAAAUAUGUGAGUAGAAUUGCUCUAGAACAGUGGUGCCUAACCUGUGCAUUUCCAGAUGUGGAUGGACCACCAGAAUCGCAUACCAUUGUCCAUAAUAGCUGGGGCUUCUGAAUGCCGAAGUCCAGCAAUAUUUAGGGAAUCCAUAUUUAGACACCACUGCUCUAAAGUAUUUGGACUGCAAUGCUUUAUCCUAAGGAUAACACAUGUUGACUUCAGUGGCAUUAUUUGCAACAUCAUCAGGUGCCUACAUCAGGCUUGAUCAUAGCUUUCAGUCACUGUCUUACAGGAAGUAAGAACUACUGUGAAUUAUACAGUUGUUCAAGAACUAUGCUGGAAUGGAGAGGCAUCUGUUUGGCACAAUGGCCAAUGCUGCCCUUUCUCCAUCAUAUACCGUCGUGACAGAUAAUGUCAUAUUUUCCUACAUGUAAUGCCAGUGGGCCAGCUCCUGAAGGAGCAUUUCUUUUCCAAGUCACAAAUCUUUCUUUGUCAUAUUGUCAACAUUCACUAUAUAUAUUAUCUGGCUGUAAAUGUGUAUAAAGGGGAAAUGUAUAUGUUUUAAGACAAAGGUGGGGUGGCUCGGAGUUGGAAAACACCCCUUGUAUUUAAAACAUACUUGUGAUUAGUAUAAUUGUGUGCUUGAAAAUCCUUCCAUAUAUAUUUUGCACAUUCUUUUUUUCUUGCAUGUUCAGCCCUUUUAAGUUUGACAACUGUUUGGUACAAGCAGUGAUGUUAAUUUUUUUUAAAGAAACUUUUUUUUGACACUGAACUAUAAAUAAAAUGGUUUGGAAAUUUA